AAUGGUCUCCGCCGCGUUCCUCUGUUAGUACUGUUUUCCAGGUCUGAUGUCCGAUGUAGAGGACGAUUUUGGCGUUCCUCCCAGGGACUCAAGCGUUAGGCUUACGGAUGCACAGCGAGAAUCCGUUCUUCACUUGCAAGAGAUUUCUGGCUCGUUAAACCACGAUGCCGCGGCUGAUAUCCUGAAGGAUUGUGAUUGGGAUCUUGCUAGAGCAGUUAAUCGAUUUUUUGGUCUCCCUGAUCAGUCUCAAGAUACAUCAGUCACUCGCCGUAUUCAUGCCCAAACGUCUACACUUCCUCCUGUUUCCCUUGUGCCCGCCAACCAACGCACUCUGCGAAUCACAGAAUCGCGGACGUCAACUUGGUGGUGGGCGUUUUCUUUACUGCUCGAACCAAUUCGUCUUACUUAUCAUUUGCUCUUCGGACUUGCGCGACUAUUUGUUUCUUUCCUUUGGCCAGAUCCCCGCACUAAUGUAACGGAUCCCGUGGGUGAUGUUCGCAGGUUCAUUGAUCACUACGAAUCCGCGUUUGCCCAAUGUUCGCUGAAACCGGCUGACCCAGCUACAUUACCAGACACAUCCAGGGGCUCAUCCCUCCGAUCUCCUCCUUUCUUCGUUGGCAGCUACGCCGAAGCUUUGCGGGAGGCAAAGCGGACUUUGCGAUUCCUUGUCGUCUACCUUCACAUGGAUUCCCACGAAGAUACCCGCAAGUUCUGCCAUAAAACAUUACAGAAUGAAGAAGUCAUUCAGUUCCUGAACAAUUCAGAGCAACUCCUCUUUUGGGGUUGCAAUAUCAAUUCUCCCGAGGGAUACCGAGUUUCCAAAACUCUUAGAAGCCACGCAUAUCCAUUCAUAGGCGUGGUUGGCUUAAGUAACCUUCCAGCUCCUGAUUCAAUACCCUACCCGAGCACUAUGACGGGAUUGGCUCUUCUUGGACGGAUUGAAGGAGCAGUUAAGCCUCAAGAUCUUAUUCAACAAUUAAACAGUAUUCUGAAUGAUCACCAAGAUGCCACUCUCUCAGCUCGUUUAGACCGGUAAUUACGCGUGCGAUUGUCCACCACCGCGAUCGUAUGCCUCCCUACAAAGCAGUCAACAUCGGGUCUUGGAGCGUGCGCACCCUACUCGACCGCCACACGAGUGAGCGACCCGAGUAACUUACUGCAUUGGUCGCGAUGGAGCUUGCGCGUUACGGGAUUGAUAUUGCCGCAUUCAUCAAGACUCAGUUCGCUGACUAAAGCAACCUACAUAAGGCUGGUGCUGGUUUCACGUUCUACUUGGCAAAAAGCGCCAUCACGGCACCACUUGAAUAUGGGGUCGGAUUUGCACUAUCCGACCGCCUAAAUGGCCAGCUGGAGAGGCGACUGACAUCAGCCCACGAUUGAUGACUCUUCGCUUGCGACUUGGAAUAGGAGCGAACGUGAGGCUGCUGCGCGAAUCCGGGAGGAACAGGAUUUGGCUUAUCAGCAGUCUCUCGCACAAGACCGUGCCAAACUUGCGGCUAAAGAAGCGGAACUGCGAACUGCAGCCGAGGAAGCGAGCCAACUAGCUGAGGCAAGGAGGCAUGAAGAAGCCCUUAGGAUGGCUGUAUCAGCUCGACGGCUUCGUUGGCGAUCACGCCUACCCCCGGCCCCAGAAGCCGGUAGUCCUAACACCGUUCAGCUAUCGAUAAAAAUGCCAAACGGAAAUCGGGUCUCGAGAGUGUUCUCAAUCACUGACUCCGUUAAGAUCCUGUAUUAUUUCAUCCUCUCAUUGGGAGAUUCUCCGGUAAAUUUUGAAGUCCAAGCCAACUUUCCAAAGCGUCUACUCCCGUGCAAACCGGAAGAUGAAUCAGACCCAGAAGACUAUAUCACUGAAGGUACUAUUCCAGUCACUCAUUCCACCGUCGAGGACCCCAACACAGAUAAUUACACAAAUCCGUCAUGUCGUUCUGCAGGCAUUGGUACGGACCUCAUGGGUGUAGUGACCGAUUGGAAACCUAGUUCAGACAAAGACCCUCCAUCAUUUGAGCAGUUGGGUUUAUGCAAACCGGAAAUCCUAUUUGUGAUCGACAAUGACGCGUGAUGAAUAAGAUUGUUCACCAUUCUCCAACCUGCUUCUUCAUUGUGGUAUGUAAGCCAUAUAUUUCGAAGAUACGCUAACUUCGUUUUACCCCUGUUCAAAACCCCUGAUAAAGUGUUCCCCUUACGUUCUAUCAUGGCCACACUUUCAUGUGAUCCUUGCGACACACACGGCAGUCGUCACGUGUUCGUGAAUUGUAUGCUGACGCCAGGCUUGCCCGUUGAUGGUUACAUGAUAUUGUCGUGUGCACAAUUGUUUCUUCUAUAAUAUUUCAAUGUUUUUUGCAUUUUCC